AUGAGCGCAAACUCCGGUGCAGUUCCCGAUGCCUGGGAAGAUUCAUGGGAGAACCAAGCAGAUACACUCGACUCCAAAUCUACCCCGCCGUCCGAGAAGAAAGUCUCAUCCAAGGUGACCAAGGCGCAACGCAGAGCGGAACAGGCAGAGUUCAAUCGCCAGCUAUGGGCUGAAGCCGAAUCCACAGAAACAUUCCACUUCGUCGAAGCGCGCGCCGAUGUCCCCCUUAAGCAAGACUUCAAGCCCGCGGUUACACUAUUGAGUCGGAAACCUCAGCUUGUGACAAGACAUUCAUCAUCCUCGAGAACAAUUACUGCCGCGGCGGCUGGACUUGGCCGACUCGGACUAGAUGAUGACGAUGACUCGGACGAUGACACCAAGCCGCCACAGCCAACACCUGAGGAGCGCCAUGCUAUUGCACUGAAGAACCGGGAGGAGAAGCAACGGAAGUACGAAGAAGUACGCGAACGUCUGUUUGGAAGCCCAUCUGCUACAGCUUCGGGUACCUCGUCGCCCGGCAGUACGACCCCGCCUCGUCAAACCUCUACAGGCGAGGGCAGAGGGAGAGGCAAAGGACGUGGUGGCGGAAGAGAUCAUCAGAAGAGAGAUUCCUCGUCGACCUCGAGCAAAUCCAAGCAUCUCUACGAUCCCUCCACUGCGGCUAAGUCAAAUGCACCCUCCCUACAAAGAGGUGGCCGUCCGCAAGUUGAGCGAAGCGGUUCCGACUCUCAGGCUCCACAGCAGCCAGUGCGCAGUCCUCGAGGCCCUGAUGCAAGUGGAAGGGGUGGCUUCAAUUUCAACAGAGGUGCUCGAACAGGCUAA